AAAGGCACUGAGACUUUGACAGAGCCCGGGGGGCACGGGUGGUGCUGGGCUGGGCACACUCAGCAGGCUCCUGCUGCUAAACAAUGUUUGAGGAAAAUUCUCCUUCAAGAUAUUUGACAAGACUUGCCCACCCAGAAGACUCCCAAGAAACCAACACAGCUGUAAAUCAUGUUUUGUGGGAUCAGGAAAACACAACACACAUCCCAGCAGACAACAGCGACGGCUUCACAUCCUCCAGUGAAGUGCCAGCAAGCCCAACCUCCCCACAGCACCACCUGGCAAAUCUGAAGACGCUGAUGUCCAGACAGAAGGCUGAGUAUGAAUCUAAAAUUGCAAGCCUGGAGCAGCGGAACAGAGAGCUGCAGGCAGAGGUUAAGGGUAUGCAUUCAAAACUGGGACAGCAGCGUAAGUGGUACAGUCUCGUGGAGAUGAAAAUGCGAAACGCGGAGAGAGCAAAGGAAGAUGCAGAGAGAAGAAAUGAAAUGCUCCAAAAAGAAAUGGAAGAGUUUUUUGAAACCUUCGGGGAAAUUAACAGAUGGAAAUAAACAGGCAUGUGUUCAGCGUGAAAUCGAGCUAAGCUGUAGGAGAGAGAAAGGCUAGAUCCUGAUUUCAGCACAAACUCCCCUCUCUAAGGUGAAAUAAGAAAACCAACAUAAAAACUAGUCUGCCGAUUAUAAAGUGCAGUUGAUACAAACUUGUGGGGAUCCCUGAACUCCAGGAGCUCUGCACCACCCCGCUAAUGCCAGAGACGCUUUCUCUUACCCCUAGAAAACUCUUUCAGACACUCUGCACUACCAGCUCCCAAUGCUCAGUGAGCUGGGGAAGCACCCUGGUGCUUUCUGGCCAGCCUUGUCACUUACGAUGCACUAAAUGCGUGAGUGGCUUCAAUCAAGGGAUGUCAUGCUUGCUGGAGCCCAUUUUAGCAGCCAGCCCAGAAGUCCCACAGGUAUUACACGGGCUGUAGAGAGUGCCGAGCCAUUUGCUCCUCCAGAUUAUAAUUAGCCUCCCUACAGGACUCCUAUAAGAACACAUUAAUCUCAAGACUAUCACUGGUAGGCUCCCUCCCUCCCAUCUCUUCAGAGCUACCUCUCUCCACACAAGAACUGUAUUAACUAUUUUCAUACCAGCAUUAAUGACACAAAAUAUCAAGAAAAUAACCA